UUCCCCGUCGCCUUACGCCAAGGGUAGGGGGUGUGCAUAGGCAGAAAUUUAUCUAUGCUUAAAACUUUCUUUCUUGAAAGUUCAUACUUACACAUUUUUGCUUUUUGUAACUUUUUACACUCGCUUUCUAAGAGCGUGUGAAGAUUUUUCUCUUUUAGUUCAAGAUAUUAAAAACAACUACUCAAGAUGAUUGACACAGUAACUGGAGCACAGGCCUUUGCAGUAAAAGUAAAGGACCUGAUGGAUCUGGAGGGCCGAUGCCAACCCAAGCUCACUGGCUUGAGGCUCAUAGAGACCGCCCAGGACAACGGCCUCAGGAUGACCACCAGGCUGAGAGAGCUGGAGGUGAAGGACCUGCUUUAUCUCUGCAGGUUCUUUGGCUUCAGCUCUGAGACGUUCUCGUUGGCGGUCAGCUUGCUCGAUCGAUUCCUCUCUGUAAUGAAGAUUCAACCAAAGCACCUGUCAUGUGUUGGCCUGUGCUGCUUCUACAUCGCUGUGAAGUCCUCAGAAGAUGAGAAGAACGUGCCCCUGGCCAACGACCUAAUCCGCAUUAGUCAGAAUCGCUUUACGGUGUCUGACAUGAUCAGGAUGGAGAAGAUCAUCAUGGAAAAGCUCUACUGGAAAGUGAAGGCCCCCACGGCGCUGCACUUCCUCCGUCUGUUUCACAGCCACAUCCAGGAGCAGCUCGACGCCGAGAGCAGGGAGAUGCUGAGCAUUGAGAUGCUGGAGGCGCAGCUCAAAGCCUGUCACUGCUCCUUCAUCUUCUCCAAAAUCAAGCCGUCUCUUCUUGCUCUGGCUCUGCUGUGCUUCGAGGCCCAGGAAGAACACGACCCUGAACACAUGACCCAAAUAUCUGAGGCCCUGAAAAAUCUGCAGCACCUGCUGAAUGUGAGAGACGGAGACCUGGUGUGUGUUAGAGCGCUGGUCGGGAAAUGCCUGGCUGAAUACGCCAACACCAAAUGCUCCAGACCGAACAGCCAGAGACUCCGCUGGACCAUCUCGGGAAGAACCGCGCGCCAGCUGAAGCACAGCUACUACAAGAUCACUCAUCUUCCCACCAUCCCCGAGUCAGCCUGUUGA